GUAAAUACAGUUUGUUUAAGCGACAGACUCGUCUCUGAAUUGUUUUCAUCGGGCACAGCGCUACUUUUGUGCCUUUUCUGGCGUCUUCCUACUGAAAUAAAUAUUAGUGCAGCAGCAGCGAGUGUGUGUGUGAGGAAAAUAUGUUGAAUUCAUUCAGACCUGAGCGAUUUUGUAGCUUUCGUGUGUUCGUUUUAAUGUUUAGUGAUGUCAAAGUUUGAGAUCUGUGAGGGGAAUUGAUGGGAAUCGAUCUCAGGUGUUGCUGCUGCCAUUUUAUCACUCUUUUCACAUCUUUGACUGAUCAAAUUUAUCAGCUCCUCCCACACUGGAAUUCAUCAUCAGUGAAGCUCCUCCCACGGGAGUCACAUCAUCAGCUAAGCUCCUCCUGUUGCAAUUCAUCAAUAAAUGCUGGAAUAUUCCCAUCAGUCCACAAGUGAAGACGAGCAUCAGGAAGAGAUGAAAUCUGCAAAGUUUAUUAAAGGGGACAGAGAGAACGUGAGUGAUCCAGAACCCUGCAGAAUGAAACACACUGAAGAACAAAGAGAGCUGAUGGAAGUGAAGGAGGAGAGUGAAGAACUGAGUGAAGUGGAGGAGAAACAUCACGUCAAACCUGGAGAAAAACCUUUGAGUCGCUCAAAGACUAAAAAGACAUUUUUAAAGAAAAGAAGAGCCAAGAAAUCUUUCACCUGCACUCAGUGUGGGAAGAGUUUCCCAAACAAACGUAAUUUUGAGCGUCACAUGAAAGCUCAUACAGGAGAGAAGCCGUUCACAUGUGAUCAGUGCGGAAAGAGCUUCUCAAGGAAAGAUAGUCUUGAGCGUCACAUGACAGUUCAUCCUGGAGAGAAGCCGUUCACGUGUGAUCAGUGCGGGAAGAGCUUCACAAACAAACAUAAUCAUGAUGUUCACAUGACAGUUCAUUCUGGAGAGAAACCGCACACAUGUGAUCAGUGUGGGAAGAGCUUCACACAAAAACCUAAUCUUAGUCGACACAUGAAGAUCCACACUGGAGAGAAACCACACUCGUGUGAUCAGUGCGGGAAGAGUUUCGCGCAAUCAUCACACCUUAAGAUUCAUAUGAGGAUCCACACCGGAGAGAAGAUGUUCACAUGUGAUCACUGCGGCAAAUCAUUUCUUAGGGCAUCAAACCUGAAGACACACCUGGUAGUUCAUACGAAGGAAAAGCCACAUUCAUGUUCUGUGUGUGGAAAGAGUUUUUCACUGCUCUACAGUUUACAAGUGCAUCAGAAAAUUCAUAAUGAUAUAAGAGAUUAUAUGUGUUUUGAGUGUGGGAAGAGUUUUACUACAGCAAACAAUUUAAAACUGCACCAGAGGAUUCACACUGGUGAGAAACCAUACAAGUGUUCACACUGUGACAAGAGAUUCAAUCAGUCAUCAUCUCUGAAAACACAUGAGAGGAUCCACAGCAGAGAGAAGCUGCACACGUGUGAUCAGUGUGGAAAGAGUUUCUCUUUUAAAAGUCACCUGAAGAUACACAUGAAGAUCCAUACAGUGGAGAAACCACAUUACAGCGAUCCGUGUGGGAAGAGAACUACCAGAAAGCAUCUGGAAGGAGAGGACAGAGGGAACGCCAGUGAUCCAGAACCAGAAUGAAACGCACUGAAGAUAUUGAAGAACAAAGAGAACCUUUUUGAUUUUUGAUAAAAAAUGUUUCAGAUGUAAAUCAAGGCUGAAGAUUCACAUGAGAGUUCACACUGGGAAGAAGCGGCUCAGGCUUUCGCUCUGAAAUCACUUCUGAAGAGACACCAUUUAACUGUGAUCAGUGCGGUAAACAUUGAGCAUCAGUCCUGAAGAUUCACACAAAGGAGAAGAUUCAUUCCUAAUAUUACAGCACAAAAGACACGGCGCUGUAUGUCGAAACCUUUGAAACACAUGAAAGGAUUCACACUGGAGAGAAACACGUCAGAGUUUGAUCAAUGAUCUAGUCUACGGUCACGAUCACAGUAACUAGAUCAUCUUCAGAUCCAGCAGUGACACGAUAAAGCAUCUCUUUCAUAGAAAUCUGUCCUGAUCAGCGGCAACGAAGAGACAUGACAAAGAAACACCAUCCAAAGUUGUCAAAGUUCAUUUUCAGGAGUUUGUGUUAAUUUUCUUAAUGAAUUUGUGUCACUCAGUUCUCUUUUAUGAAGGAAAGAAGUAGUUUUUUAAAUGAACUCAGUGUUCUUGUGCUCUCAUAGUUCAGGGAGCUGAAGAGAUCAUAACACUUUUGAGACACGAAUCUGAUAUUAAUUUUUAACUCAUUCAAUGUUUUUCAUUUCAACUUGUUAAAGCAUUUAUUUUCCUUUUCAUCUUCAAACACUAGAGAAUAAUGAUGAAUAUCGUCUGUACCUCUCACUGAGAGAAAAAUACAACUUAUCUGAGAAUAAAUAGCAGCUGAAUAUAA